AUGAAGCUAUUUUCAGUAUAUUGUACGUCGCUACUUUUGCUCAUGAUGGAUGUUAGUGCGCAUGGUGGAGGUAGAGGUGAGAGCGAGAGAAGUAUUGGGAGCGGUGUCAGUAGUUCAGAACAUGGAGGUAGAGCAGAAGCUAGUAGCACAUAUAAUAUUAGUUCGGAAAGUAGUAGCACAGGUGGUAGCUCGCACGGUAGUAGCUCAGAAAGUGGCCAUGGUGGUAGUUCACAAGGUGGUCAUGGUGGUAAAUCCAAGAAAGGUGGGCAUCAUAACCAAUCUGGUAAGCCAUAUUCAACUUCAAACUUAUCACAAAUAGCUUACACUGCUUGCUCUCAGUUGGUUUCAGCCACUGCAACAUUUUGCGAUUCAAGUUCAGAAUAUUUCAGUGCAUGUUUCUGCGUAGAUCCAAACGCUUUAGCUACUAUUGCUGGUUGUUAUCAUAUAGCAAACAAGGCGUCCAAAAACAAUGUCAAGACAUUAAGCUCAAAUUGUGAAGCAUACAAAAUUAAUAUUAGUUUUGACCAAUUUGAAGCAGCAUAUAAAAAUUAUACUUUAAAUGCCAAAGAAACAAGCCAAAUCAAAAAUUUUAAUGCCUCUGUUCCUGUGGAUGUUCCAAUUAAGUUAAAUGCGACCUCAGUUAAUUUGUACCAGGAAUCUUACAAACAAAGUUUAGGUAAUGCUUAUUUUUCGUUAUUUUAUGGAUCCGGCAUUUUAGGGUAUUGGGCUCUUGUAUUCUUGAUUGCAGCCAUUGCUAACUGGUCGAAGCAUUUAUUCCCUGGCUUGGUAAAAAAGUUUACUGGCCCAGUAUCUAAUAAAUGGAGAAAAUAUAUCACGUUACCAGCAACAGGCACCAAAAGUAAAACCAACGAGAAGCCUUUUUUGAAAUUCUUUGACUUCUUAGUGCCUACGAGACUUGAAACUAUAAUCAUUGUUGGUUUCACGGCUCUUACUAUCGCAGCAUGUAGUGCUCAGAUUAAAUACGUUGAAAAUGGCCCUCGUAACGAUAAUAAACAUCAAACUCUACUUCGUCUUGUGGCAGACAGAACAGGGAUUAUUUCAACAAUUAUCAUGCCAUUAUUGAUCUUAUUUGCUGGUCGUAAUAACUUUUUGCAAUGGUUAACCAGAUGGGAUUUUGCUACCUUCAUUGCAUUCCAUAGAUGGGUAGCAAGAGUAGUUUUCAUUUUGGUAUUCAUUCAUUCUAUUGCAUAUACGGCAGCUUACCUUAUGUCUGGUAGAUAUUACUCUCGUAUGCAAAGCAACUUUAUGGUAUGGGGAACUAUAGCAACAGUAGCCGGUGGUAUUAUCGCAUUCCAAGGCAUGCUAUACUUUAGAAGAAAUUGGUAUGAAAUAUUUUUGAUAAUUCAUAUUAUUAUGGCUGCAUUAUUUAUUGGAGGUGCAUGGAUUCACGUUGAUGGAUUAGGAUACGUCUGGUUUUAUUAUGCUACUGUAGCAGUAUGGGUAUUUGAUAGGGUCGUUAGAAUUGGAAGAUUAAUUGCUUUCGGCUGUCCUAAAUCUGAAGUGAUAUUAUUAGCUGACGAAACGUUGAAGGUUAUAGUUCCAAAACCAUCAUAUUGGAAAUCUUCACCAGGUGGACAUGCUUUCAUUCAUUUUAUGAGACCUUCAUGCUUUUGGCAAUCACACCCGUUCACAUAUACCUGUUCUAAAGAAGAAAACAAAAUUGUGUUGUACUGUAAGGUCAAAGGAGGUAUAACUCACAGUUUAUAUCAAUACUUAGCUAGUCAUCCUGGACGUACUACGAAAAUCCGGGUUUCUUUAGAAGGACCUUAUGGAGAAUCCACUGCUGCUAAAAAUUAUGACUCUGCAGUGUUUGUUGCAGGUGGUAAUGGUAUUCCAGGUAUUUAUUCCGAAAUUCAUGAUUUAGCUUUCAGAUCGAAGUCUAAUAUCAAACAGUCAUUGAAAUUGGUCUGGGUUGUUAGGGAAUAUAGAUCAUUGUAUUGGUUUUAUGCGGAAUUAGUUGCAUUGAAAACUACCAAAAUCAAUACUACUAUUUAUAUCACGAAACCUGAACUUGAAGCGCAUGUUGACGAAUUUAACAACCGUAUUCCGAUUGUCAUAAAUGAAACUGCUUCUGAUCUUGACGUUACCGUCGAGAAGAAAUUUGAGAGUGUAGAUGACACCGAUUCUUACAAAGAUAAAUCAAGCAGCGGAGAUAGUUCUAGCGAAGAGCCAGUGGACAAAAACAGAAUCAUUGAAAUCGUGAAAUCUGAAUUGUCGCAUGUUACCUUCAAGGAAGGUAGACCAUCAAUGGAAGAGAUGGUUCUUCAAGAAAUAGACGAAUCGAAUGGAUCAGUUGCAUUCGUUACAUGUGGACACCCAUUAAUGGUUGAUGAUUUGCGUCAUUCUGUAGUUAAGAACUUGGAUAACACGGAGGGCAAACGUGUUGAAUUCUUCGAACAAUUACAAGUGUGGACAUAA